AUGUCAUUACACGGUAAUGACGUUUGUUUAUUAGAAAUAGAAGACUAUAACUUGUACGAAGAAGAAGCUUCGGAUCACGCUUUUGCCAGGAGUGAGAAACAUUCAAUGGGCAGUAAGACUAUGGAGGCAGAAAAACGAAUUCGAAGAGAGAUUGCUAACAGCAAUGAACGUAGACGUAUGCAGAGUAUUAAUGCUGGUUUCCAGGCCCUACGCACUUUAUUACCCCGUCAUGAAGGAGAAAAGCUCAGCAAGGCGGCAAUUCUGCAACAAACUGCUGAAUAUAUUUAUUCCUUAGAACAAGAAAAAACAAGGCUUCUUUCACAAAACUGUCAAUUAAAGAGAUUGUUAAAUCAACAUGAAGGAGGGGAAAUACCACUAAAGAAAAGAAAAAGUGAAAUUCUUUCCCAUGUGUCUUCAAUAAUUCCAGACUCAACAGAUGAUACAGUAUCAAAAUCAAGAUCACCUGAACCAGUUGCCUAUAUUUCCUUUGCCUCUACAGGCCAACAAAAGAAGGAAACCGAAAGUACCGAACUCAAAACUCAGCUUGAACAAGAAAGACGACUGAGGCGAUUGCUCGAAGAACGUCUACAUUCGUUGGAGUCUCAAAUGUACUCAGAUACAGGCCGAGACUUGACCCGCCCAGUUGCACACUAUGAGCAAACUGACAUUGCAGUUUGCAAAACUGAAGGUGAGGAAACUGAGGCACCUGUAAUUGAAACUCCAACCGUAGCGCCUUUAUUAGAAGCCGCUAUCAAAGCAGAACCUAGAGUAGAGGUGGAAGUGUUGCCAGACGCAACACACGACGCACCUUCGCGCCUAUAUCUAGCAAGUACAAGUCGCCAAAAUUUGGAAACAAUUGUGGAAGCCAUUCGUCAUUUGGAAGGGGAUCACUUAUUCCGCGAGGAGGCUGGUGACGCUCCAUUAGCGUUGACGAAGAAAGUGGAUCGGGCGCCGCCUCCGCCUCCGCCGCGGCCUGGUGUUAUUGUCGUGAAGCAUUCG